AUGGUACCUGCUGAAAAUGAACUCCUUUUUCAAAUGGUGGCUCGAAACUUUCGUGAAUUCAAUACGAAGUUCCUUGUAGGAAAAAAGCGAGGGAAUACUUCGCGUCAGCGCCUUCUGGAGUACUGGGCGGAACAGAUCACAGCGCUCGGGUUUAGUUCGCGUUCACCGGAACAGAUCCACGAAAAAGUCCGUAAAGCUGUGGACAGAUGUCGCCGAAGCAUAAUAAUUGAGAAGAGAGCCGCUCUGAGAGGACUUUCUGGUUCACAUCACAGUGACAUUCCCUACUAUCUGGAACCACUGAAGCAAGUGCUGUUAUCAGAAGCUGAGGAAGCUCAGGCUGCACGCACGUCGAUGGUUACGGUGGAUGAGGACGAUGGAUACUGUGACAGCAAAGAGGCCGUACAGAAUGAAAUCAGAGCAAUGAACGCUCAGCGGCCCACUUCGACACCUUCGUUCGGCUCCCGAUCUCUCAAGAUCCCGAAUACCACCACUGACUACUAG